AUGGUUGAUGAAGCUCGAUUAGCCAGUGUUGGACUUUCAAAAACCAUAGCAGAGCUUCGAAAUAUCACUGGUAAACCACAAACAGAGAAGAAAAAACAUAACAAAAUUGACUACUUCUCCACCGCUGUGCGUCGUUCCAAACGACUAAAAGGAGGUAACGAACCCAAGGUUGAGAAGAGUAGGGCUGAAGAGACUAAUAAGCCGAAGAGGCCUACAACUGCUUUCUUCAUUUUCAUGGAAGAGUUCAGAGAGCAGUACAAAGAAAAGUAUCCAAACAACAAAUCUGUUGCUGCUGUGGGUAAAGCUGCUGGAGAGAAGUGGAAAUCCUUUUCAGAUGCAGAGAAAGCUCCAUAUCAAGCAAAGAUAGAGGAAAUGAUGGCUGAAUACCAAAACAAGAUGCAGGCUUAUAACAUUAACAAAAAACAACAGGUUGCGGAUGUUUCUGCAUUACCAAGAGCAUUAAGAUUAAUAACAGAUUGA